AUGUUCAAGCUGAUAUGCCUAAUUUUUCUAUUCCUAUUUUUUAUAUUCGUUUUGGGAUUAAUAACCGAUGGUUUGCCAACUGAUGACGAUGACUUAAGGGAAGUCGUCCCAGUGGCAUUAGCAGUAGAACAAGAUCCAAAACAAGCCGAGGAUAAUAUCGAUGAGGAUGUAAUUGAAGACAAGGAAAAUGCGGCAGCAACAUCAAAACUAUUUCCAGGUCCAAAAAAUGAGAAGCAACGAGCAGUUGUAAAAGCAUUCCAGCAUGCCUGGGAAGGAUAUAAGAAAUAUGCCUGGGGUCAUGAUCAACUGAAGCCGGUUAGCAAGUCUUUCUCGGAUUGGUUCGACACUGGUUUGACAAUUACUGACGGAAUUGAUACUGCUAUCAUAAUGGGUCUUGAUAAAGAAGUAUCCGAGGCCACAGAAUGGAUUAAAAACGAACUGAAUUUCGAAAAAGAUCGAACUGUGAACUUCUUUGAAUGCACUAUUCGUGUAUUGGGAGGACUUUUGAGCGCAUAUCAUUUAACAGGGGACAAGAUGUUUCUGUAUAAAGCGGCGGAUGUUGGAGAUCGUCUUUUAUCAGCUUACAAAUCAUCAUCGCCAAUUCCAUUUAGUGAUGUUAACUUGUUGAAAAGGAUCGGCACAAAUCCGCAAUGGGGAGCAGAUUCUUCAUUGUCUGAAGUAACUACGGUGCAGCUCGAGUAUCGUGAUUUGUCGCGAGCCACUGGAAAUUCAACAUAUGAGGAGUUAGCAUUCAAGACGUCAAAGCAUAUUCAUGAGAUUGGCUGUGACGAAUUUGAAGGUCUAUGUGGGAUGUUUGUGAACGCGAACACAGGAAAAUUUAAAACCAAAACGACGAUUACAUUUGGUGCACGAGCGGACAGUUAUUAUGAAUAUUUGUUCAAGCAGUGGAUUCAAACGGGAAAAACAAUCGAUUGGCUGAAAGAAGAUUAUGCAAAAUCCAUUGAAGCUAUGGAAAAAUAUUUAUAUCGAAAGACGGAGCCAAAUAAUUUCUGGUUCAUUGGAGAAUUGCUAAGCGGCGAUACAUAUUCGCCAAAAAUGGAUCAUCUUGUUUGUUUCAUUGCCGGAACAUUGGCCCAUGGAUCUGUAAAUGGACUUCCCGCACAUCAUUUGGAAAUGGCGAAGAAAAUUGGAGAGACAUGCCACGAAAUGUAUAACAAUCCAACCGGCUUGGGGCCAGAGAUUGCUCAUUUCAACAUGAUUCCAGGAAAAGAAGAUUUAUACGUUAAGCCACUUGAUGCACAUUGUCUUUUGAGGCCAGAAGCAAUUGAAGGAUGGUUCUAUCUCUAUCGUUUCACAGGAGAUAAAAAAUACCAGGAAUGGGGUUGGGAAGCAUUCCAAGCAAUAGAAAAGUAUGCGAAGAUCCCUUCCGGUGGAUAUUCAUCAAUUUCAAACGUCAAAAAGAUAAACGUAUCUUAUAGGGAUUUGAUGGAAUCCUUCUUAUUAGCAGAAACCUUGAAGUAUCUCUAUCUGCUCUUCGAUGAUGACAAAUCAUUAUUACCUCUGGAUAAAUGGGUAUUCAAUACCGAAGGACACCCACUACCAAUAUUGACGAAUUAA